AUCAUUUCAUCCUUGUUCUCUGUCGAUACCUACACAACAUGAAGCAGGCAGAUCUGUCAGCGCUGAUCGCCUCCUGCAGCUUGGGAGCCAUCGCUGUAAGCGCGCAGAGUGCUCCAUCAUACCGCGACAAGCUCCUCUCUUUCCACCAAUCCAUUGUCGAGAUCCCUUCGAUAUCCGGUGCUGAAGCUGAAGUUGGAAACUUCCUCGUUGAGUACUUUACAGAGCAGGGUUUUGGUACCGAACGAUUGUUUCUACCCUCGGAGCGAUUCAAUGUUCUCGCUUGGCCAGAGCCACGUACGUCCAACCGAUCUCGCAUCGUUGUGACAACGCACAUGGACGUCGUCCCUCCAUACUUGCCAUACUCCCGCUCAGGCCCUGACCCACCAACGGCCGAGACCGUCAUCACUGGCCGCGGCACCUCUGACGCAAAGGCUUCUUUGGCUGCACAGACGGUUGCGGUGCUGGAGCUCGUGGCUGCCGGUUCCAUCACUGGCGACGAUGUCAUGCUCGCCUUUGUUGUCGGCGAAGAGACAAUUGGCGAUGGAAUGAUUCACUUGUCGGACGUGAUGACAGAGCGCGGCACCCGGCCCAGUGCCGCCAUCUUCGGCGAGCCUACCAACAGCACUUUGGCCUGUGGCCACAAGGGAGGCCUGGCCUGCAACGUCUUCGCAAAGGGCCUGACUGGUCACAGCGGUUAUCCAGCGUCUGGGAAAAGCGCCAAUCACGUGCUCAUGCGUGGUCUCGUAAAGGCAAUCGACGCUGACCUCGGCAAUAGCGACAUCUACGGCAACAGCACUCUCAAUGUAGGCGUAAUGGCAGGCGGCGUCGCUCAAAAUGUCAUUUCUGGUUCAGCAAACGCGUCGCUUUUACUUCGCGUCGCCGUAGGACCCCUAGAAACUGGUCACAUCACCGUGAGGGACCGUCUCCAGGAGAUCCUAGAUAGUGUUGAUUCAGAGGCCUUUACACUCGAUUGCCCUUGGGGCUUUGGAGUUGUCGAUACUAAAUGUGAUGUAGAUGGUUUUGAAACCGACAUAAUGUCAUAUGGUACCGAUAUCCCUAGGUUGCAGGGUAACCACACGCGAUACCUGUACGGACCAGGAGAUAUCCUGAGGGCCCACACAGUCGAUGAAUCCAUCACUGUGGGGGAACUGGAAAGUGCAGUUGAAGGCUACAAGAAGCUCAUCAUGAAUGAAGUCAAGCCCAGCACGACCACUAGCUCUUGAAAGCAGCUGUGGGUUUUCAAGCUUCCGUUUGUAGCAGUAAAAGUCGCAGGGAUUAGAGGCAGCUAAGCGUAUCCAAGAUUGCUUACAAUGAAAUCUGAAGAUCAUAGUUUUAUUCUGGUCGUCGCUGAAUAUGGUAAUGUGAAUAAACUAAUUGGAGAGAUGAUAAGAAUAUUUCCAGGCCAUUGCGAACUCCAUCUUGUUCAGGAUUAUCAUCUACCUAAGUAAAAUGGGG